AUGCGAUGCAGGAGAGAUGGCAUUACGAGGUCUCACAAGUUGAUACUGUCUGAAUUCACCACCGAUUACACCGAGCAGGAGCGACCCAUCCUCAUUCCGGCGUUUGAGCCCGGCACCAGAGAGCUGCUUGGCUUUAUUCGCUUCGCUUACGAUCGAGAAGGCCUCAGUAUCGGAGGAGGGCUGAAGAUGGCAAACUUCAAUGCUAGUCUGCAGGAACAUACCCUUCGCACUGGUGGUACAACAAAAGCCAGGGAUGCUGGACAAACGGGACAUUUCGGUGAGGGCAUGAAGCUGUCUGCUCUCGUCUUUCGCCACUCUGGCAGCGAGAAGCUCUCGGGUACCCCGGAUGCGAAGUUGAACAAGAUGAUGAAUGAUACUCGUGGCCGACGCAGGACUGCAGAGGCCUGUCUAUGGGAGGAUGUCUGUGUCGUCAUUGGCGCUCCUGAGAAGACACGCAACGUUUUAGGGCUUGUUUUUUUCAAGAGGUGGUCCAGUACACGGUUCUACCAGUAUGGUUAUAAUUCCUUCACUGGAAGCGCAACACGAGACCGCACUUCGCUCUCUGGAGCAAACGAAGAGAGCAGGCGAGACGCUGACAUCCGGGCUGCUGCAAUACGAGAAGACACCUCAGACAAUUCAGACAUACUGACCGAGUAUACUCAACUCAUACUCAAGUCUCUGAGCCAAGUCGGAGAUGCUCUGCUCAGCAGAGAACGCAAUACCUUGAAGGAGGACAUCGCCGAGAAGGCGUGGGCGCAUCUGUUACUUAUCAACCAAACCCAGAACCGAAAUGCUUUCUACUACGGCGCGAAGGGCAAAGACGAUGAACAAAUCAUUAAGCAGAGCCUCAAUAUGAACCCAGUGUCAAUCUUGCAGGAGCUAUGGGGCAUGCUCUGCAACUUCGGUCUUUUCAACAACCGCAACGACGAGGACGAGGUCGAGAACAUGGCUGAUGCCGGCCCAGUACUCGGUGGCUCGAGCCGUAGCGUUUCGCCACCUGCCACAAAUCAACGCGACAACGACUUAGACUACAUGCCAAUGCCUACUUCUGCGUCGAUGGCGAAUAUUGAGAGCGGAAAUACCACUGUUCGACAGGACUCGAGUAUGGGAUCGAGCCGCACUCUAGAGACUAGCGCGCAGCCGCCACCCAAAGUCGUGCCUUGCACUGAUUUACACACUUUGGGAGAUUGGAUUGAUCAGAAAUUCUUAACGGAGAGUAGAGUGUUUCCUAGGAACUACGAUUUCGAUCGUGUGCACGACAUAAAAGACGACGAUGUAUACGUCGUCAAAUAUCAGCGUCAGGCUACUCAAGGGCAGAGCAAACGACCAUAA